UCGCAGCAGGCGCGCGCACGUGGGACUGUGCGGCCUGGGAGCGUUCGGGCCAUGGACACGCCGCUGCGGCGCAGCCGGCGGCUGGGCGGCCUGAACCCCGAGUCCGCAGCAACCGUCGCCUCCGCCUCGAGGGCGAGACGGGCGCUUGUGCAAUCCGAAACGAACGAAGAAGGGAAGGAGCAGCCACACGGCCUGGAGUCUGCCCCGCGUCCGCCCGAGACGAGCCCGGGAUCGCCCAGUCCGCGGCAGGAUGCAGACUUGGGGUCCCCCCGAGGACACUCAGAGCCGAACCAAGGGUCUCCACAGCAAGACGGAGUCCCGGAGUCAUCGCCAAGCCAGCCAGAGCCAAGGCCUGAGCCCCCCCGAUGUGAGGAAUCACCCAGGGCUUCCCAGGACUCGGAGGCGGCCGAGGGUCAGGAGGAGCUGAGCUCGGGGUCGCCCCCCGGUCAGCUGCAGCCGGGCCCCGGAUCGCCAGAACCUUACCUCGCUCAGCAAGCUCCAGGUCCUGAGCCCUCGCAGCCACAGCAGGAGCUGACGCCCCAGGCCCCCUGCAGCCCAGAACGCCAGCAGGAGCCUCACAAGCCACCUGUGGCCGGGCCGACGGUGACAGGCAGCCUGGGUGCAAAGAAGCGGAAGGGAUCUUCAGCUCAGACCCCUGCGUCCAAAAUACUGAAGAAGGAGGAGGAGGAAUGCCCUGUGAUCCCGAAGGGGAAGCCCAAAUCUGGGCGUGUGUGGAAGGACCGCUCCAAGAAGAGGUUCUCCCAGAUGGUCCAGGACAAGCCCCUGCGCACCUCCUGGCAGCGGAAGAUGAAGGAGAGGCAGGAGAGGAAGCUGGCCAAGGACUUUGCCCGCCACCUGAAGGAGGAGAAGGAGAGGCGCCGGCAGGAGAAGAAACAGCGCCGGGCUGAGAACAUCAAACGCCGCCUGGAGAAUGAGCGGAAAGCAGAGAUCGUCCAGGUGAUCCGGAACCCCGCCAAGCUAAAGCGAGCGAAGAAGAAGCAGCUGCGCACCAUUGCGAAGCGGGACACCCUGACCCUGUUGCAGAAGCAGCCACCCCAGCAGCCCAGGUCUGAAGCCUGAAAGCCCUCCACAGCCAGGAGCCACAUCAGACAGAUGGCACUCCUGGGACCAGUACUGGAGCUCUGGGGGCUCAGGUGAAGGCUUCAGGCUGGAUGGGGCUCCUGGGCCUUGAAGCAGGGCUCAAAGGAAGCAAGCAUCACCUUUGCAUCCACAACCUUCUCCACGUGCCUUCAGACAAGAACAGCACAUUCUUGCUGCUCAGUGGCUGCUGGGGUGGCGGGUCAGCAUCCAGCCCAAACCGCAGCCUGUAGUCAGAAACCUGCUCCUUCUGCCGCAGCACCAGAAGAUCAAUCAUCAGGGAGUUGGCAGGAGCAAGGAUCAGUGCCCCUCAGCCCACACUGGACUGCAGAAUCCCCCGUGAUUAGACAGUGUGCCUGGGCCAUCUAUAGCAGAAGCAUUUAUUGAAUGCCUGUUGCAUACAGGUCCAUGGGUGGGUGCCAGGGAAAGCAAACACACUUAAGUCCCUGCCCUCAGGGAGCUUUCAUUCUUCCAUAAUAAAGAACUAAAAUGCAUGGCA